GGUGAGUGGUGGUACCUUUUUGAACCCACGCUUGCACCACUCUUCUCUUUACCUUGUCCUUUUCUCUUCUCUCUCUCCUCUCUCUCUCUCUCUCCCAACACACUACAAACUACACCCCCUACAGUCUCUCUCUCUCAAAAAUGGUGGACCACUUCAUUGUUUGCAUUGAUCAGAUUAUAGCUUCCUCGGCCUGUUUUGGAUCAGUGAAUGGGAAACAGUGUGAUGGUGUUGACCCAUUAAUCCCCGUUUCUGGUAAUGGUGGAGAAGGGUGUUCCUCUUCUUCAAACAAUGGUGAUGUUGUUGUUGAGUGCAGAAUAUGCCUUGAAGAAGAUCAAGCCCAAGCCAUGGAGGCCCCUUGUUCUUGUAAUGGCACUCUCAAGUUUGCUCAUAAGAAGUGUAUCCAGAGAUGGUGCAAUAAGAAAGGAAAUACGAUAUGUGAAAUCUGUAAUCAGGCAUUUUCACCAAAUUAUUCUCUUCCACCAGUCAGAAACAAUGCAAUUAUGGCAAUUGAUAUAAGGCAAGAAUGGGGGCAUAAUGCUGGUCUCCAUGUGGCUCUAACUUCAGCAGAGGACCAGUUGCUGCAAACUGAAUAUGAAGAUUAUGCCAUGUCAGAAACCAGUAGCAUUGUUUGCAUUCGCUUUGUCACAUUUAUUUUGCUGAUAGUUUUACUUGUACACCAAGCUUUGAUGGUCGCAAAGAACUCUGCAACUGGGCUAGAAGCAUCAAUUAUCUUUAACUUUGAGAUGCCACUCCUUCAAUUUGCUGGUGUUCUUUUGCCAUGCUAUGCGAUAGCUCGUUCCUGGUAUGUCAUACAGAACCGGAGGAGAAGACAAGUCAUAGGUUAAGAGAUGGAAAAUAGAUGAUGUUAUCUUGGUUGGCUGUCACAAAAAUGAAGCAGUUACAAACAGACGCAGCAUGCUUUUGUUUGUCAGACUAACAUAUUAGUUGUAUAAAGUAUCACAAAACGAAGUUAUCUUUCUAAGCAAUUUUCUGCUUUUAUUUCUUCCCGUGGAAAAGGAAAGUAAGAGCAUAUUUCAAGCGUGGUGCACUACACAAUCGUGAAUAUUGGCGUUUGGUUAGGGGUGAAAUCAGAAAUUUCUUCAGGGCCAAAAUAACUGAUAGGUUCUAUAUGUUUUACAACGAUGUAUUUUCAUCCAUCCUUAACGUUAGUAGUAAUGAUAUCAAUUAUUUUCAUGGCUUGAUAUUUUGGCACAUCAAACUCAUGAUGCACCAGUUUACUAUUUCUAAUCUUCAUCACAGAAAAAUCUUGGAUGAAAUUUCUGCGCUAGCAGAUAUAUCUGCCAUAAAGAAUUUUGUAGCAGUAGGAAUAUUUAGAAUUUAUAUAGUUUUGCUCAGUGCAAUAAGCUUUCUGUAUAUUGAAGUUAUAAUUUUCUUUCAAGGUUCAAUUGUUUAUUUGUAAACAUUGAUGAGAACAGAUUAUACCAUAGAAUGCAAGUGUUUGAUAACUCAUGUGAUACCACUUGACGAUAAUCUACAAAAAUAACUAUUAG